AACGUCGGGCUGACCCUGCUGGUGUUCGUGGCCACGCUGCUGAUCGUCCUGCUGCUGAUGGUGUGCGGUUGGUAUUUUGUAUGGCACCUUUUUUUAUCGAAAUUCAAGUUUCUGCGUGAACUGGUGGGAGACACUGGAUCCCAGGAGGGAGAUCACGAGCCUUCAGGGUCUGAAACAGAGGAGGAUGCCUCCUCGUCUCCACACAGGAUCAGGUCUGCUCGCCAAAGGAGGGCGCCUGCUGACGAAGGCCACUGACCCCGCCGCCGUCCGGUGUUAGUGGGUGAAGAAAGGCAGUGGGAGCCUCUGUCUUGAAUGACUUGGCU